AUGUGUACCUCUUUGGGAUUUGCUUCACACAUCCAUCACAUCAGCCAGUUGAAGUUGUUGCAGGCUCUGUUUUUGCGUGGCUGCUGUGCCAGGCUGAUCCUGGAAUCCACAUCCGCCGCCCAUGUGAAUGAAUUCGCAGAGCAUCUUCCACUUGGUUUGGACACCCCUGCAGGAGAGCGAGGUCAAGCGUUGAGUGGGGGUCAGAAGCAGCGGGUUUGCAUCGCCCGUGCACUGGCACGCAAGCCGAGAAUGCUGGUCUUCGACGAGGCAACAUCAGCGUUGGACCUGCGCUCCGAGCGUCUGGUGCACAAAGCCCUAAAAGAAGUUCUAUCUGCGGGAGACUGCACCUGCCUGGUCAUUACGCACCGGAUGAGUGCCCUGGAGUGGUGUGAUCGCGUGGCCGUGGUGCACGAAGGAAGUGUUGUUCAAUACGGUGAGAAGAAUGAAGUGCUGAAGAAUCCAUGCGCUGCCUUGCAGAGCAUUCUGAGAAAUGAUGACCAUCUUCCUGUCCAAGAGACCUGUGCGAACACACUUCGGAAACCCUGUGGCAGCUUCCUCCCUUGGCUAGCGCUUCCUCUGCACCUGUGCCUUCAGCGUCCGAAUGCUGCAGCGCGGAGGAUCAGCUCAAGCAUUUGCUUCAGGCUGAGUGGGCGCGACUUCAGGGUCGAGAAGAGUCGAUCCGCCGGGAUGCCCUCUCAACUCAUCUCAACUCCAGAAAAUGCAGAUAUAUGCAGAUUGGAGGGUCAACAGACGCCAACAGGUACAAGUUCUUUAUUCAUCGCCAUGGCGACUCGUCCACUGCAAGUGGCCGUGCGCAUCCGCCCUCCGCAACCACACGAUGGGAAAGCGGGCGCACCUGCAGCUGAGGCAACAGACGGCUUGACUCUGCAAGCUAAGGAAGGCUCAGACUCGAAGCAGUUUGCAUUCGACAAGGUCUUUGGACCCGAGGCCACUCAGCAUGAGGUGUACUCGUUCUGUGCCCUGCCGCUUGUGGAUGCUGUCAUCAAUGGGACGAACGCUUGCAUUUUUGCAUUUGGGUGCACUGGUGCGGGCAAAACGCAUUCCAUGCUUGGGCCAGAGGGUGGACGCAAGCAAGCAAAGCAGGAUGGAAUUCUUCCAAGGGCGGCAGCUGAGCUUUUCAGGCGCAUCGCACGACUUGAGGCAGAGGCCAAAGCUGCAAUCGGAUCCGGCGGGUUUUCUGCAUAUGAAGUGCGGGUGUCCUUCUUAGAAGUCUAUUGCGAGAAUGCCUUUGAUUUGCUGAGCGGACCUGUGUCUGCCUCCAGAGAUGCCUCCGGCUCAUGCCAGCUCCGGGAGACAACGGAUGGGCGAGUUUACGCCGAUGGGGCCAAGGAGGAGAAGAUUCGGUCCUGUGAGCAGCUGCUGGAUGUUGUCGCUCAGGGUGCCAAAGCUCGCGCGACGGCAGCAACCGGAGUCCACGCACAUUCAUCGAGGUCUCAUGCCCUGCUUAUCAUGUCCGUUGAGCAUCGCUGGCGGGACGUUUCAGAAACCGAUCCGCAAAAGUAUCGCUCGCAGACAGCACGCUUCACUUUGGUGGACCUUGCCGGUGCCGAAUCGAUGGAACGUUCCCAUGGCGGGAGCGUGGAUGCUGCCGGCGUUGGCACGAACAUGGGCUUGCUUGUGUUGGGCCGAGUUAUCCGAGCUCUUGCUGAAGGCUCAGAACGAGUGCCCUACAGAGAUUCGACCCUGACACGACUAAUGCAGAGCAGUUUGGGUGGCAAAGCGGAGACCCAGAUGCUAGCAUGCAUAAGCCCAGCAGAGAUCGAAGCGGCGCUCACAAUGCAAACCCUGAAGUACGCAACCAGUGCUCGGAGCGUGGUUCUAAAGCCGGAAGCUGCCACUGUUACGACAGAGCUUGAAACUGAUCCAAUGCUGACAGAUAUUGAAGAUGAUGACAUCUCUCUGAACCGUCGUUGUAUUUGGAUCGAGACGGCUGACUUCGGCGAUGUAUUCGCGCGCUGCGUUGGAGACCCAGCAGACCCCCUGAUUCUCUAUGUUCACGGGUCGGGGCCAUGCAACAGCUCAAACUUCUGGAGUAAGCUUGUGAUCGAUGUUGCAACUCUGGCCGGUGCAGGCACGGCCGACUGCCCGAGAAGCUACUUCCAUGUCGCCAUUGACUGUCCUGGCUACGGGCGCUCGCCGGGUGAUCGGCAAAGCAUUCGAUCGUAUCCAGGAUCACUCAUCUCCAAUAUUGUUCGAGCAUUGGGCCGCAAGACGGUGGCCUGUCUCGUCGGAUCAAGCCAAGGAGCAUGUGCUGCUUUGAAUUGUGCGCUGGAAUGUCCCAAACUGAUGCAUACUAUUGUUGUUUGCCACCCUGUCGGGCACGCUCCGCAUCGGUACGGAGCUAUUGCUCAACCAUCCCUUCUGAUUUUCGAUACAGAGGAUGACGGGCACCCCGUGAGUGUUGGCCGGCAAAUGCGGCGUCACCUCCCAAACCCGCGUUACUUUGAGUUUACACGGUCAAAAGAUGGAGAUUGGGAGUGCCAUCACAUGGGAGAGGAAAUGAUUUCAAUGCUGCAGGAGAGCUACCAAAGCUGGAAGAAUAAAAGGCUUGGUGGGCGCAGAGACAAGGAUCUUCCAGACUUGACGCGUGUUGCAGGCGGCUUCAACAGCUGGAACAGCAGACAUGGUGUCGAGUUUGAGCCUUGGGGUGGCUACGAUGCCGAGGAUGAGCCAGUUGAGGCCAAGACAGAUGUCAGUGAAAACAGCUGGCGAGCCAGGCUUGAUCCCAGUACCAACACGAUUGUCUACGAGAACCUUCUUUCUGGCAGGAUAUCCCGUGUGCGUCCGCCUGGUGCACAAGUUGUGGUAGAGCGCCUGGGCAAAUCUUCUGAGAAGAAGGCUGCCACUGAAGCUCCGGACACGCUUCCUGAAGCCCGGGCUGAUAAGGAAGAUCCACCAGUCAGAACCGAUGUCGGCCGGGCACUACUCCCUCUCUUCGAAGGAGCGGACGAAAACGAUGAUGAAGACGAUGAGGAGCGGCAAGCACGUGAAGAGAAAGAAGCAGCUGCGAUGCUUAAAAUGGAGGCCUCUCAAAGUCAUUGUGACCUUUGUCGCAAACUGCUGGUGCAGCCCAUCCGCUUGCAAGCUUGUCGCUGCGCGCUGUGCGGAUGCUGCGCUGAGAUUACAGUCCGGUACAUGCGAGAGUGCCCAGCAUGCGGCUUGCCUGUGGACGUGAAGGGUGGCAAGCCGGUGUCAGAUGUGUCACCAGGUCUUCUGGCCAAAGUGGAGGCACUGACCUCCACUGGAGGCCCUGAGAUGGAAGAUCAGCAGCAAUUGCUGCAGCAGCUGACGGACCUCCGACAGAGUGCACAGCGUAUACUUCUCCAGUACGGCAAUACGUCCAGCGGGCGUGGAAGCAAGCGUUCGUACACCACUUUUCUGAAGGUUGCUUCGGUGGACGGCAGUGUGCCGAAGGAGGGCUGUGUAGCAAAAGUCGAUUUCAACAUAAAUCCUGGCUAUAGCAAACCGACAUCAACGGCCAAAGAGCCGAGCGACAAGUCCCUGGGCUUUACUUUCGAGUAUGCCAUGGCGCGGGCUUACCCGUGCCAUAUGACGGUACACUUCAAGAGCGACCUUGGCUUGCCAAAGCUCGUCAUCGAGCACUACGUCAGUGAUGAGGCGAAGAUAAGCAGACGAGUGCUUGUCCAGCUUCCCCAUCCACGCCUGCCUCCAGCGGGUGCUCCGAGAAUAACAGAGAAGGAGGUCGUCUUUGAUGCUGAUCCUCCGCAGAACGCUUGGCUGUGCUUCCAAGCUGGACGAAGUGUUCUGAACACGUCGCCCCAGAAUUUCCUCGGUACCGUGACGGGCGUAGCGGUGCCAGAGGGUGCCGCGGUGCGUUCCCGAAGUCGGACGUCCAGCAAGGCUAGCGGAGGCAGCGAGGCCCGCGGUGAUGCAAGGCUCCACGCGUAUUUGCAGAAGGCGAUAGCGUCAUGCCAGCUGUAUUACAACUUGCAGGUUAUCACCUGCAAGGUGGGACACCCUGCGGCAGAGGAGCUGUCGGACGUGAUAGUGGCGACUGUCUCCGAAGAGCUUGCGAGGCUGGAUAUGCGACGUGUGUCCUUCUACAUUACCGCUUUUGCCAAGUACAACAUAGAGGAGUUGGAAUCUCUGACAUCGGCAGCUUGA